AUGGUUUUCCUUGAUAGGCUUCCAACAAAAGAAAGGUUACAACGCAUGGGUCUUCUUAAUGAUUGUCAUUGUGUUUUAUGUGGUGCUGCUAUGGAAACUAGGAAUCAUCUCUUCUUCGAAUGUCCUGCAGCUAGUUCAUUAUGGACUGCUGUCUUCUCUCUUAAUGGUUUGCAAAACAAUCUGUUGUCAUGGAAUGAUCUCCUUGCUUGGGCUGCUGCUAAAUGGAAGGGUAAAUCCCUUCUCACAUACAUUCUAAAGAUUGCUUCCAAUGCCCUUAUAUACUCUCUUUGGGAGGAACGAAACAAAAGGAUUUUUCAAGAACGUUCAAUAACCAUUGAAGAUUUGUUUCAUGCCAUUAAGGAAACAGUUGGUUUUCAAUUAAGGGGAAGAAACAUUAAUAGAUUAGAUCCCACUAAUAUCACUCUUUGUAACAAUUGGGGUAUUAUUUGA